AUGCGGCCCGUGUACUACGAGCCCGUCGCGCGCGUCUACUAUGGCAGCGUGUGCUCGGCGGCGUACCUCCUCUCGUGGCUAGCAUGGCUCACGACGUUUCUCUUGCCACUCUUGCUCGUCUACGAUACGUCCACGUUCUGGCCGCACUCGAUCGCGUACCGGGAGCAGCCGUCUAUGCAGUACAUGUACCAGACGCUGCUUCUCAUUGAAGGCACGGCGCGCGACGACCAAGGCAAUGUGCGCGUCUUCUCGGGCUUUUGGAGUACGCUGCCGACAAGCGUCAAUCAGCUCGCGGGCGCCGCGCUGCGCCCCGGGCAAAUUCAGUCGUUUGCUGACGACGACAACCGCGACGGGCUGCUAGACCGCGUCUCGAUCGAGGUGGCGAUCGCAGUGAAUGCCGGCGAAAGCGUUCAUAAGGCGUCGCUGCUCGUGAUGUUCAACGCGACGAUGCAGACGCAUGCCCAGCUAUGCAUGGAUGUCAUGGCGCUCGUCUCGCAUGCGUCGCCGCUGCCAGGCAGCGUCCUCUACACUGUGGGCGAUCUCGCACUGAGCUUCAAGCGACCGUUGCCACUCACGACCACGUGUGCGACGCCGUAUGCAACUGACGCGCUGCUCAACGUGUCGUCACUCCAACACGCCGACGACUUGAGGUUCGAGCAGUUCAUGCUGCGGCAGACCCGUCGCGAGAAUCGCGCCACUGUGGCCAAUCAAGAGCACGUGUGGAUCCAAGAUGCCAGUGAGGCCCCGCGGCGCUUUGUUAUGAAUGCGACGCUGAGUGUCCCCGUCUCCGACAUUUCGUACGUCCCGACGUUCUAUGAGCGCCUCCAACGGGGCUGGGUCCAGUACUACGCCGCAUUCGUCCUUGUCGCGUCGCUCGUCACGUCGUUGGUCGCCUUCAUCGUGCGCGAACGACUCGUCGGAACGAUCGAAGCCGCCACCAAAGCUACGGGCCCGCUCGCGCACUUUCAUAGUCAGUAGAUCUACGAUCACAUCCAAGUCGUUACCAUAAGUCUACUCCGCCUCCUGUACCGCAACCACAACAAACGAAUGACAGACCUAAUACUGUCAUAAUGGAGACCUUCCCAA